AUGGGAGUUGCUGAUGCUGGCGGUAAUCAUACACUUCCCGAAUCUUCCAUCGUUCUUAAUGGCAAUGCUAAGGACGAUGGCAGCAUUGUUAGCUACCAGUGGACACAAAUCUCAGGUCCUGCAAAUGCUUUGUUGGUGAAUGCCGACAAAGCCAAAGCAACAGCAUCGGGGCUGAUAGAGGGUCAUUACGUGUUUAUGCCGUUGUGGAAGACGAUGGAGAUAAAAAUGAACCCCCAGUUGCGCGAGCCUUCAAUGCCACUGAUCCUCAUUGUGGGAGUGGCGUUUGCUGCUGAUUGGAAAGUGGCUAAUGUCGAGAGGACUAUCGAUCUGUCAUCUCAGUCAACACUUGUUCGCUCAUCGUGUAGGUCAUCUAGGGAACCCUUCUCUCGCAUUGAUCAUCAACUGGAUCGUAGGGGGCGUCGACAACCGGCUCUUCUGCAUUUCACGACGAUUUUACCAGCGUCGGCCAAGGAUAUAUACUAUAGAGAUGAGAUUGGAAACAUAUCAACAUCAGCUGUGCGACUUCGCGCUGAUUCUGUUGAUGUCGAACUGAAACCGAGUUACAUAUUCCCGCUUUUUGGAGGAUGGCGCACUUCCUACGUUAUCGGUUAUAAUGUGCCUUCUUUCGAAUAUCUUUACAAUAAGGGCAAUAAUUAUGCGCUAAAAAUGAGAGUUCUCGACCAUAUUUUUGACAAUGCUGUGGUUGAAAAGCUUACGACGAAGAUCAUCCUGCCAGAAAUGAUAAGAAAAGCGAGGCUUAUCACACCAUACAGCAUGGGUAGAAGACCCUAUGAAGUCCGCGCUACAUACUUGGACACAACUGGCAGAACAGUUAUAGUGUUGCAGAAAGAAAACCUUGUUCCAGAGCAUAUCCAGUCUUUCACUAAUUUGGAAAUUAUGUCAUACAUUUUCAGCUGUUUUACGAUUGAGUUCUCGCAAAUGAUCCGGGAACCAUUGCUCGCCACGGCAUUUUUCUUUGCACUCUUUACCGUUGUAAUUAUCUAUGUGCGGUUCGAUUUCACAAUCGUUGCGGAUCCGGCACGUGAAGCACGCGAACGUAUCUUGGGAAAGGGAGCAGAUGAGGAGCGCAAUUUACGACGAGCAUCUCUAGCACUGGCUCAUCAAAAUAACAAAUUCAAUCUUGGCGCUGUUCCCGACGACAUCAGUGGAGAAAAUUCGUUCUUCAUAUAUGCAAGCAAAUAA